UCAAGUAGUUUACCACUCGAAGUGAUCAGCAGAUGCACUGCAAAGCGUCUCUGUGCUCUUUCAGAAUGGAUGCCUACACUGGCUAUGGAUUUUACGAAGACAACACCACUGACAGUGGAUAUUAUUACUAUAAUAUAUAUAAUAAUAACACAGAGGAUUGCUCCAGCUCAUAUCUGCCUGGCUCCAACAUUUUCCUGCCCUUACUGUAUUGCACCAUCUUCAUCACCGGCUUUGUGGGCAACCUCUUUGUGAUCUCAGUCACGGGCAUCAAUGGCAGUAGAGGUGGGCGUCUGGUGGACACAUUUGUUGUCAACCUGGCACUGGCUGACCUCAUCUUCGUCCUCUCAUUGCCCCUGUGGGCCAUCUCUGCCAUCCAGAAUGGCAACUGGAACUUUGGGCCAGCUGGGGACCUGCUGUGCAAGCUGAGCAGCUACAUCAUUGCUGUGAACCGCUUCUCCAACAUCUUCUUUCUCACCUGCAUGAGUGUUGAUCGCUACUUGGCCGUGGUGAAACCGAUGGAUUCCAGGUACCUCAGGUCUAGUCGGUGCAUUCGGGCCACUUGUGGUGCAGUCUGGUUGAUCUCCCUGGUGCUUGGCAUCCCAUCCCUGGUGUACAGAAGAGUGGAAGAGAUCGAAGAUGGACUGGAUGGAUCUUUCUGUGUGGAAGAAAACAACUCAUCUUUUUUUCUUGGCCUAAGCCUGACCAUGGCAUUACUCACCUUUAUUUUUCCAUUGUUAAUCAUCGUCCUCUGCUACGGCACCAUCAUCAUACAUCUCAACAAGCACUGUGUUGUUGCUGGAAAUCCUCGAACUGAAGCUCGCCGCAGGCAUUCCCUCAAGAUGGUCCUCUCCAUCAUAGUGGUCUUUGUGGUGUCCUGGCUCCCCUUCAACAUUUUCAAAUUCACAAUAAUUGUCUCAAAGCUCUCAAAUGUUGAACUCAGUUGCAAUGUUGCGUCUUGGGUACGAGAGGGGCUCCGCAUCUCAUGCGCCCUGGCCUUCCUGAACAGCUGUGUGAAUCCUGCCAUUUACUUUUUCCUGGACAAUCACUUCAGACGAAGAGCCGUGUUGCUGUUCAAGACCUGCACUAGAAAGUCAAAGUUACUGCACAGCUACAACUCUUCAGCCUCAUUCACCAAUGCUGGCACUUCAGAGAGCAUAGGAACAACUGUGAGAACUCAGAUUUAGAUGUUCGAGUAGGAGGAGAACAUACAACCUGUCUUUAACUUUGAAGGUAGUAAAGUUAUUGUUCUGUUAUCCUUCAAGAUCUCUGUGACAGCUUAUCUUUUGCAGCUCGAUCAGGAGAGACUGUGCACGUCUCCCAGGGAUGUUUAAACAUGAACUGAAACAAGAAACAUGACAAAGAAAAAGAAAAAAAAAGAUUUCCCAGUGUGGUGUUGUACAGCUUUUUCAGUUUCAUGUGACGUCAUAUAUUUCCCGUCUUCUUAUUUUCUACAAAUAUUAAAUGUGCUCAUGUUAUCUUUUGUUAUCGUAAUUCUUAAGCAUUAGUACAAUUGCAAUAAGUUACAAGUUUAAAAAGUUUGAUAAGUGCUGAUAAGUGAUAAGUUGCCUAUUGCAUUAGAUUGUGUUUAAUAUAUUAAAGGCAAGCAUAUAAUUAUGUU